AUGGCCACAGUGGAAAAUUACCCAUGGUUGUGCGGUUCUUUGAUUUCUUCAGCUGAGGAGGCUGCUUGUGAGUUGAAUGAGAAAGUUACCUUGCUGGAUUCCAGAUCGGUUCAGGGAGAACUGGGGUGGAUAGCAAGUCCCCUGGAAGGAGGGUGGGAGGAAGUAAGCAUUAUGGAUGAGAAGAACACUCCGAUCCGCACCUAUCAAGUCUGCAACGUGAUGGAGCCCAGUCAGAAUAAUUGGUUACGAACUGAUUGGAUUCCCCGCGAGGGGGCUCAAAGGGUAUAUAUUGAAAUCAAGUUUACGCUAAGAGACUGCAACAGCCUGCCAGGAGUCAUGGGAACUUGCAAAGAGACUUUCAACCUUUAUUACUAUGAAUCAAACAAUGAUAAGGAGCGUUUUAUUCGAGAGAGCCAGUUUGCCAAGAUCGACACCAUCGCUGCUGAUGAGAGCUUCACCCAGGUGGACAUUGGUGACAGGAUCAUGAAGCUGAAUACAGAGAUACGGGAUGUGGGACCACUCAGCAAGAAAGGGUUUUACUUGGCUUUUCAGGAUGUCGGUGCCUGCAUUGCUUUGGUGUCUGUUCGUGUCUUCUAUAAGAAGUGCCCGUUGACAGUUCGAAACCUGGCACAGUUUCCAGACACCAUUACCGGGGCUGAUACAUCCUCUCUGGUGGAGGUUCGCGGCUCCUGCGUCAACAACUCGGAAGAGAAGGAUGUGCCAAAAAUGUACUGUGGGGCAGAUGGCGAGUGGCUGGUGCCCAUUGGCAACUGUCUGUGCAAUGCUGGCUAUGAAGAACGUAAUGGUGAAUGCCAAGCUUGCAAAAUCGGAUACUACAAGGCUCUCUCGACAGAUGUUGCUUGUGCCAAAUGCCCGCCUCACAGCUACUCAAUCUGGGAAGGCUCUACCUCCUGCACCUGCGAUCGGGGCUUUUUCCGAGCUGAAAAUGAUGCUGCCUCCAUGCCCUGCACUCGCCCUCCGUCUGCUCCCCAGAACCUGAUCUCCAAUGUCAACGAGACAUCGGUGAACUUGGAGUGGAGCCCCCCCCAGAAUAAAGGUGGUCGGGAAGACAUCUCCUACAACGUGGUAUGCAAGAGGUGCGGUGCCGGUGACCUCAGCCGCUGCCGGUCCUGUGGCAGCGGUGUGCACUUCAGCCCCCAGCAGAACGGCUUGAAAACCACCAAAGUCUCCAUUACUGACCUCCUGGCACACACUAACUACACCUUUGAAGUCUGGGCGGUGAAUGGAGUGUCCAAGCAAAAUCCCAGCCAGGACCAAGCCGUGUCAGUCACUGUGACAACUAACCAAGCAGCUCCAUCCCCAAUUGCUUUGAUCCAGGCUAAAGAGAUAACAAGGCAUAGCGUUGCCUUGGCUUGGCUGGAACCUGACAGGCCAAAUGGAGUGAUCCUGGAGUAUGAAGUCAAAUACUAUGAAAAGGACCAAAACGAGCGCAGCUAUCGCAUUGUGAAGACAGCCUCCAGGAACACUGACAUCAAAGGCUUGAAUCCCCUGACUUCGUAUGUAUUUCACGUCCGGGCCAGGACAGCGGCAGGAUAUGGAGACUUCAGUGGACCAUUUGAGUUCACAACCAACACAGUUCCUUCCCCCAUCAUUGGCGAUGGUACCAAUCCCACAGUGCUUCUUGUUUCAGUGGCUGGCAGUGUUGUUCUUGUGGUCAUUCUCAUUGCAGCCUUUGUCAUCAGCAGGAGGCGCAGUAAGUACAGUAAGGCUAAGCAAGAGGCAGAUGAGGAGAAACAUUUGAACCAAGGUGUUAGAACAUAUGUGGAUCCUUUUACAUAUGAGGAUCCAAACCAAGCUGUGAGGGAAUUUGCCAAAGAAAUUGAUGCCUCCUGCAUAAAGAUUGAAAAAGUUAUUGGUGUGGGGGAAUUUGGUGAAGUAUGCAGUGGACGUCUCAAAGUACCAGGAAAAAGAGAGAUCUGUGUUGCUAUCAAGACUCUAAAAGCUGGUUACACUGAUAAACAAAGGAGAGACUUCCUGAGUGAGGCCAGCAUCAUGGGACAAUUUGACCACCCCAAUAUCAUCCACUUGGAAGGUGUAGUUACUAAAUGUAAACCGGUAAUGAUCAUAACUGAGUACAUGGAGAAUGGCUCCUUGGAUGCCUUCCUCAGGAAGAACGACGGCAGAUUUACAGUCAUCCAGUUGGUGGGGAUGCUGCGUGGCAUUGGCUCAGGAAUGAAGUAUCUGUCUGACAUGAGCUAUGUGCAUCGGGAUCUAGCUGCCCGAAACAUACUAGUCAACAGCAACUUGGUCUGCAAAGUGUCUGACUUCGGCAUGUCCCGCGUCCUGGAAGAUGACCCUGAAGCAGCUUAUACCACACGGGGUGGCAAGAUCCCCAUCAGGUGGACUGCACCAGAGGCAAUUGCCUACCGUAAAUUUACAUCAGCUAGUGAUGUGUGGAGCUAUGGUAUCGUCAUGUGGGAAGUGAUGUCCUAUGGAGAAAGACCUUACUGGGAUAUGUCCAAUCAAGACGUUAUUAAAGCCAUCGAAGAAGGGUAUCGGCUACCACCCCCGAUGGACUGCCCCAUUGCUCUCCAUCAGCUGAUGUUAGACUGCUGGCAGAAGGAACGCAGUGACAGGCCUAAAUUUGGACAGAUUGUCAACAUGCUGGACAAACUCAUCCGCAACCCCAACAGCCUGAAGAGGACAGGCAGCGAGAGCUCCAGACCAAGCACAGCCCUGCUGGAUCCCAGCUCCCCUGAGUUCUCGGCGGUUGUUUCUGUCGGUGACUGGCUCCAAGCCAUUAAAAUGGAGCGAUACAAGGAUAACUUCACAGCUGCUGGCUAUACCACCCUAGAGGCUGUGGUGCAUAUGAACCAGGAUGACCUGGCAAGGAUCGGGAUCACUGCCAUCGCUCACCAGAACAAGAUCUUGAGCAGCGUUCAAGCAAUGCGCACCCAAAUGCAACAGAUGCACGGCAGGAUGGUUCCCGUCUGAGCCAGUACUGAAUAAACUCAAAACUCUUGAAAUUAGUUUACCUCAUCCAUGCACUUUAAUUGAAGAACUGCACUUUUUUUACUUCGUCUCCUCGCCCGUCGAAAUAAAGAUCUGCAGCGUUGCUUGAUGUACAGAUUGCGGAAACCGAGCGUGUGUGUUGGGAGGGAGGCCUCCAGAAAUGACAAGCCGUCAUUUUAAACCAGACCUGGAACAAAUUGUUUCUUGGAACAUACUUCUCUGUUGAUCAACGAUAUGUAAAAUACAUGUAUCUAUAUAAAUAUAAAGUCACAUUCAAGUUUUGAUGCUAUGUUUGCUGCCAGAUACUGUGCUUAAAAACAAAAUUACUUUCCUUCUCCUUAUGACCCGUAGGAUUACAACCAUAGUGUUUUAUUUGUGGGUGAAACCACCGUUGUGCAUCUGUCACUGGAAUGAAGAAUCUGCCCUAGGAUAAUUUUUGCAGACUUGAUGCAUCACUAAUACCUUGCAGGAACCUCAGUGAGAAUAUCGUUUGGCUAAUCAGUGCCUGCCAGUUAGUGAUCUACCCGUUUACGGGUUUGAGACAUGAAAUGACCCACCUCGUGGAUUACUGGGCAAAACUGGACUUCUGGGGAGGUUAUUGGCUGUUGUUGUGCUGUGCUGAAGCCUACCACUUAAAGACAUUUUGUGAACAUCUUGCCAGUAGUCAGCUGUGACAAUCGUGGCUGUGGAGCGUUCAGACUUCUUUUCUGUUUCAAGAAGCAAUUCCCUUUGCCACAGGCAGAAGGGAAAUUAUAUUUUGCUUUCAUGGCCUCAUGGCCCGUCCUAUUGAUCAUAUUGACCAUGGAGAAACAUAGACUAGACAUGAAGCCUUCUGGAUCCA